UAAGUUAUCGGCAAUCUAAAUAGCACGCGGACGAAAUUGUUUUGUUUAUGUUAUUUUAUUUAUUAUGUCUACCACGAUGAGCAUUGUUAUGCCUGGGGAGCGAGUUACGGCCAUCGAGGAUGUGGCCAAGGGCAAGCGAAUCAUAUUGGGACCAGGGCUGCGAAGGGUCAACGAUACAGUUGUGGCCAGCAAAGCAGGUCCACUCCGACACAAGGAGCCCAACACAUUCUGGGUGGACAACUAUCAGCGACGUUACGUUCCCGCGCGAGGAGAUCUAAUCAUUGGCAUUAUAAAGGCCAAAUCGGGCGAUGUGUAUCGUGUGGAUAUUGGCGGAGCUGACUCCGCAUCCAUUUCAUAUCUGGCUUUUGAAUCGGCCACAAAAAAGAAUCGUCCCGAUUUGAAUCCGGGUGAUUUACUUUACGCCCGCGUUCUCAACGCCAGUCCGGACAUUGAGCCGGAGCUGGUGUGCGUUAACUCGAACGGAAAGCGUGGAAAGCUCGGCUUACUGCAGGAUGGAUUCUUCUUCAAGUGCAGCCUCAAUUUGGGUCGACUUCUACUGCGCGAGAAUUGUCCGGCGUUAAAGGCACUGACGGAGAAGCUGCCCUACGAGAUUGCCGUCGGAGUUAAUGGACGCAUUUGGGUGAAGGCACAUUCGACGGGUGAAACUGUCGGUCUGGCGAAUGCCAUUAUGACACUGGAGCAGGCGGGUCACUCGGAGAUUGACAAAAUUUGUGACAAUCUAAGCGAUGUGCUGCAGACAUAAUAAAUAAAUGAUGAUGAGAGUUACUUACUUAAAAUUA